AAAUGGAUAAUGAUAAAAUUAUUUUAGAUGUUGUUGAAGAAACAUCUACACCUGAUGAUAAUAUAGAAGGUGAUGAAGAGUUAAAUUGGACUGCAGUCUGGACUGAACCAUUGGUGUUUUUCGGACCAUUUUCAAAACUGACAGUUUGGUCUGACUUUAAAUAA